AUGCACUAUCCUUACCCAAACUCACCUGGAAUUUUGUCUGCCAUUGAAACCACGUAUCCUUUGCAUAUCCUCGUCAUGAGUAGUAAACAGACUAGUUCAGACGAUUCCCGUGACAGCGAGGGAAAUAAAAAGAUUCGUGGAAACUCAAAGUACGUUAAAUACUUGGCUGAUUCAAAGUCUUUCCUAAAGAGUAUCGCUACGUUUUCUGGCGAUUUAUCCUCCUUAACUGCACCUUCAUUUAUUCUUUCAAGCACCUCUUUGAUUGAGUAUUCAGCUUAUUGGGCAGAACACCCCGAUCUAUUUGUUUCGCUACCUUCGGGUAAAACUCCUUUAGAACGUCAGCUGUUGGUAACCAAGUGGUUUGCUAGUACCCUUAAAAACCAAUAUGCUACUCGUAAUGAACGUUAUGGAUCUGAGAAGAAGCCUUUGAAUCCGAUCUUGGGAGAAUUAUUCUUCGGGAAAUGGUCGACGAAUUUGGAUAAAGAUACAGAAUUGACUGCUGAACAAGUCUCUCACCAUCCUCCCAUCUCUGCUUAUCACAUAUACAACGCAGCUGCGGGCGUUCGCUUAGAAGGCUACAAUGGUCAUAAGAGCGGCUUUUCAGGCUCUCAUAUUCACGUAAAACAAAUUGGUCAUGCCCGUUUAACGUUGGAACCUCACAAUGAAGUGUACUAUAUCACCUUUCCUCUAGUUACAUUGGAGGGAUUGUGGUAUGGAUCUCCAUAUAUUGAAUUGAACAAAAAAUCACACAUCAUUUCCACAGCUGGAUACAUGACUACGAUUGAAUACAGCGGCAAGGGUUACUUUACUGGAAAGAAAAACACUUUCAAAGCCUCCGUUCAUCAAAAUGAUUCGAAAUCCGAACCUUUGUAUCGUAUAGAAGGAUCCUGGACAGGGAUGCUAAAACUCGCAAAUAGCGAGGGCCUAAAGCGCGGCGUCUGGGAAGAUUGGCUUGAUUGUACAAACUAUGCACCCAUUAACAUAGCUGUUCCUCCCAUCGAAAGUCAGGGUGAAUUUGAAUCUAGACGCGUUUGGAAAAACUUUGCGGUUGCCUUGGACUCGGGAGACUAUUCUGCCGCUAGCCAAGAAAAGUCGAAAAUAGAAGAUGAGCAGCGCCAGCUUAGACGUCAAGAGCAAACGAAUAGUGAAACUUGGCAACGAAAGUUUUUUGAAUGGCAAGAGUUGGACGAGGGCUUUUUAAAGGCUACUCAACAUUUGAGGUACCCGAUAGAAGAAGGAUUGUGGAAGUUUAAACGUUAG